UUGGGGCUUCCCCAGAGCUACGAUGAUCAUCUCAUUGCCCUUUUUUUUAAAGACGAUCAGCCCACUACAAAUGCCGAUGCAUCUCCAGCAGGUGUGGAUACACCUCAACCAGUUCGUGUUGAACAACAUGCAACCACCGCCGAUGGUUCUCAACCCCUUGAGGAAGCACCGAAUCUUGCUGCAGCAGAACAGUUUGUGACACCUGCAGACGCAUGUCCACCACAUGAGGAAAGCUUUCAUCUAACUAUGGAUGAACAGUACGCUUCACCUGGGGAUCCGUGUUCAUCGCAUGGGGAAACAAUAAAUCUAUUUAGAGAUGAACAACAAGCGUCAGCUUCAUUCACAGCUCCACCAGAUGAUGAAGUGUUGGAAACACCCUGGGAGGCUCCGCAUCCUCCUCUACAACAGGACUAUGAAGCGGUUGUCAAUGACAAUGAGAGUCCGGAAAGUGCUUUUAAUUCAAAUGAAAUCGAGACAGCAGUUGAUCCACUAUGUGAACUGUUGGAGCUACUAAUAUUCACACAAGAAUUGAAUCUUGCACCAUCUGACUCAGUCUAUCAUCCUCGACUUGGCAUCGUGACUGUAGAGGAAUGCAUUCAAACAAUUAUUGAAUACUUACGAUCUCAUAUUGUUAGCACAGAUGAACUAAAUGCACUUGGUUUUGAAACUCUUCUGAGGGAUAAUCUCGGUGAUCCCCUGAUACGUAACGAUCUUGACUGUUAUCUGCAGGAUUUAGAAGGACAUUUGGAGCAAGACAAUCGGUACAUAAACGCAUACAAUCCUAACUUUCUUUGUCGAUGCGGUAUUACUUCUGAAAUUCGGAAUUGUGUCGUUCAGUGGAUGGUUCAGUUGCACUUGUGGUUACGCAUUCCAACGCAAACAUUACAUGUAGCUGUAGGUCUGAUGGAUUUGUACACUUGGCUUCAACCCAUUCUUCGAUCGGACUAUCAGUUAUUGGCCCUGGCAGCAAUCAGACUUGCUUCUCAUGUUGAAUUUCCUGAAAUUUCAAUAAGCACUAGGAAGCUAUGCAGGGCUGUCAAAGGUGCCUACACACCGACUCAGAUCGAUAGAAUGGUGGAAACGAUACAUUUGUACACUGGAAACAUCAUUAUUUUUCCUACUCCACACACCUUCCUCGAGAGUUAUAUAAUCGGUUUCAGCGAUUUCUCUCCCUCUAGGCUGGAAUGGGCUAAGAAAGUUUGCAAGUACUUCUUCGAUUUGGGUCUGUGUCAAGACAAAUUGUGCAAAUAUUCUGCAAGCUUGCGAUGUGCCGGUGUGCUCUACCUCAUUCGUCGUAUGCAAAAUGUAGUCUAUACACCUGACUAUGGACGUGUUGGUGGUGCCGAGGCACUCAGAGGUCAUUCGUACCUGCCGUCGUCCUCUCUAGAUGACUUAAUAUGGCUUGAACCCAGCCUCUUUCAUCUCUCGCGACGAUUGCACUGA